ACAGUCAACGGAGAGACAAUAGGGCAACAGCAGUCGCUCUGUGUCAGACGCAUCAGAGAUGUGCACAAGAAUUAAUAUCUGUAUGUCACUGCUUUGAGAACAUAGCCUAACAGAGAGGGCAACAGAAAAACUAUUACUCCUUGUGUUCUAGUAGUCAACACUGACCACUACGGAAUGACAGCGGGGGGUCGCGCAUUUGUUUCUUAAAAGAUUUCUAGAUCAACUGUUGUUGUGGUACCUGGUCCCUCCGUCUCUGGAAUAAUGAGCUCCUCGCCCCACGUGUCCCGUUCCUCUGUUGACAUCCUGGAAGAGCUGCAGCUCAUCACUGCUGAGAAGCUGGAGACGCUGGACUUCAAUAAGUACUACGAGGUCAUCAGGGAGCUGGGCAAGGGCACCUAUGGGAAGGUGGACCUGGUCAUCCACAAGAUCAGAGGCACGAAAAUGGCCUUGAAAUUCUUGCGGAAGAAAACCACUAAGCUGAAGAGCUUCCUCCGCGAGUACAGCAUCUCUCUCUACCUGUCACCUUGUCCUUUCAUCAUCAACAUGUUCGGCAUUGCCUUCGAAACGGACGAAUAUUACAUCUUCGCUCAAGAGUAUGCCCUGGCAGGCGAUCUCUUUGACAUCAUUCCUCCUCAGGUUGGGCUGCCGGAGAGCGUUGCCAAGCGGUGCGUGCACCAGGUGGCGAUUGCACUGGACUACCUGCACUGCAAGAAGCUGGUGCAUCGUGACAUAAAGCCGGAGAACGUCCUCAUCUUUGAUAAGGAGUGCCGGAAGGUGAAACUGUCAGACUUUGGCAUGACGCGGUGCGCUGGCUCUCCGGUGAAGCGGGUGAGCGGGACCAUCCCGUACACGGCUCCAGAACUGUGCGACCCCUGCCGGCAAGAGGGCCUGUGUGUAGACUACAGCACUGAUGUGUGGGCCUUCGGUGUACUUCUGUUCUGCAUGCUCACUGGGAACUUCCCUUGGGAAAAAGCACUCCCAUCCGACGCUUUCUACGAGGAGUUUGUGCGCUGGCAGCAUCGGCGCAGGCGAGCCAGCACGGUGCCUUCACAGUGGCGUCGCUUCACUGACGAGGCGCUCCGCAUGUUUCGCUGUCUGCUGGCCAUCGAGCAGGACCGCCGAUGCUCCGUCGAACAGGUCUUCAGCUACUUCACACACAACUGGAUGCUCGACACGGAGAACGGCAACACCUCCCACGUCUCGGGCGGUAAUAGCAACAGCGGCACAGCGAUGAACGGCCGUCAGGCUGAGCUUAGCACGUCUUCCUCUGAAGAAGAUGAGUUGGUGGACCGUUUGAAGCAGCAGAGCUUGUCCCCUGUGUAUGGGGUCACCAAAGGAGGCAUCAUCAUGGAGCCGGUGACGGCGCACUACUCCUCUACAUCCUCGAACAGCCCUGCUUCCUCCACUGGAGGCUACGAACGUGUCCACCGAGACAACAACGGCAACAAUGGCCGCAUCCUGGUCACAACACCUAUUGAAAUAUGUGUGUAGACUUUAACCUGCCUUGCUCAUAUACUUGGGAUAACUAGAUGACAAUAAGGACACGAGUCCUUAGCGUAAAAGGAAAAGUUAGUCUGAAAAGUCCUAAGAAGAGCGGACAGCUUGAAACCCUUCCUAAUGACGGGUCUCUCUGAGGGAAUCUGUAAGACCGUGAACGAAGUCUGCAGAUUGUGCACGGUUUCCACGUAUUAUAAGACCAAAACUAAAGCAGUUUACACUGGAAACUUUAGAAGAAUGGAGAGAAAGAGACAAGCUCUUGUGUGAAAAUAUGAAGCAAUAUGUUGAUUUCAUAGUGAAAACAUGAUUAAGUCAAAGAAAGGAACAUGGAAAAAAACUGCAAAAACAUUUGAUGUGAAGAUUCACGUGGUUUCGGGAUCACAGUAGGAACUCGUUGGUAUUGUUCAGGAUCACGUGGGUGUUGUUUUGUUCUUGUGUAUUCCUGUGGUCAGCCGAUAAACAAUUUUUUGGAAGCUUACUGGAUACUUUAUAAGUGUGUUGUACUAUUCAUUUGGUCUUGACCUUUGUGUUAUUUAUUAAAUAUCGUAGCAUCACAAUGUUCGAUUAUAAUUUGCAGUGAAUCUGCACUGUCAAAUCUCACCGUUAAACCAAAAGUGGCAAGAGCAGAUUUCAGACGACUGUUAAGGAGGUUUGAAUGGUAUAUUGAAAAUCUCUCUUCUCUUGAGUAACAUAUUCCUCUCUCUUCAAUACUCGGUCAAUCUUCCAUUCUUCACUUGGCUGUGGGUGUACCACAAAAUACAAGAGUGAUUUAGACAUGAUGAAGACUUCAGAAACCAUUCAGCCACUGUGUGUUCAUAUAUUCAGACAUUCCUAAAGUACAUGAUUUCCUCUUUUUGCAGUCUUUCUGUGUCCUGAUAGCAGAAGUUUGUCACUGAAACUAGAAGAUGUCCGUUUUGGCGUCUCUUGGAGAAGCUCCUGUUGGAUGUUAUCCAGCCACUGUUUCUUGCGAUCUGAGAUUGAGAUUUUUAUAUAUGAAUUUGCUUCUUUUUUUAAGUUAGUCAGAUGUGUGUUGACAAAAUCGUGAUGCUUAGAAGAGCAUGUUAUGUUUUGAGAUGUGCAGUGUUCUCUUCAUAGAUGUCCUGUUGAUGUUCACGUGAUUACUGAGUGAAGUUGAAGGAUUUCUCAGGUUUACCAUUCACUGUGUCAAUGUGAAAUCAGAGUUUGCCCCAUUUACCUGUUUAACACACAUUCCCAGUCUUCAACAAGUGUUGUUAACUAAACUGUAUAUACCUCUUAUUUUCAAACCCUCUCAUUCAACCAUCUGACUUCAUCCUGAUACGAAACAGACACUUGUAAAAUUCAGACUACCGCCCACAUCAUUUUUUGUUUUCUUAGAGUAUCCUGUCUUAAAAUGUCAAAUGAUGGUUAUUAUUAGUCGAAUAUUAUUUAUUCUAACACCAUUUCAUGUUGUCUUUAACACCUAAUUUGUUACUUGAGGCGUAGGAAGGAUCUGUUAAAUGAAAAUGUCAUAUUUAUGUUUCAUAACUAAUUUAUGUCUAAAAGAAAUGUGCUGCUUUAGUCCAAAAAAUAAAGGUUCAGCUCUAUAUCUUUAUCUUUUAUUUGGUCCGUUAAUUGCAUAUAAAUGUUACCAGCUGCUAAACCUGAUAUACUUUGUGUUUAGAUUCAGUCAAAUUCCAGUGAAGUGGAAAUUGCAUUCUUGCAGAAGUUUUUCCAGAUUUUUAUUUAACAUUUAUACAUUUUAUUAUGACAUUUGUUCAAUUUCAUUCUCUUGUUCGAAGAAACGUAGCAAAAGAAAUUCAUUUGUUGGAAUUAUUUGAUCCUGUGUUGUUAAAAUACAAAAAUCAAUGUGUUGACAAUGUUUGAAAGAGCAUUUUGCAUGGAUUUAUUAAAAACAAAACCAAUGUCAGGAGAUCUGUGCUACCUUUUAGAAUCGCGACAGUUAUUGUGUAGUGAUCAUAUAAAUCAUCACAAGUUUGCAUAACUUUAUAAAAGUUACAGGGGAGUCAAAAAAAGAAAAGGUUUUAUGUUUUUUAAUACGUCAGUACAAAAUAUAUUGAUACGCUCACAGACAAUAACCACGAAGAAGCUGAAAGACAUUUUAACCCUGCAAAAUGUAUGAAGUCAAAUGUGAAAAUCUUUCGUUAAAAGGAUGCAAGCAAAAGCAGAGAUUUUAAUGUGUUGCGUUUUUUCUCUUUUUUUCAGAAAUAUUUGCAUGAAUCAACAUUGCUCUGGAGAAACAUUGUAGA